GCGGUGUUUGACCCCGCUGCUGGUGGCUCCAGCCGCUGCCAGCUGUUCCUCGGGCAAGUUGGGCUACCACCCUGGUCCCUGGGGCUGCGGUGGCCACCGGACCCCCUGUCCGGGCACCCUGCGAGGGCCACCUUCACCCCCUGGACAGGCAGAGCCAAGGCGGUGACCGCCGAGGUGCCGGCCACCGAGCCCUGGGGCCAGCGGGCAGGUGAGCAGCCCCAGAGGGCGCACAGGGACGCCCUUCCCGCUCCCGGAGCCGAGGGAGGAAGCGGCCGGAGGCAGGAAGCCGUCCCCCGGGCCCAGGGCCCCCGCUGAGAUUUCGCUCGAAGGUCAGUGGCGACACAACAGGAAAUCGCGCUGCCUCGGCCGUGCCGGAGCCGCAGAGCCGUGCCGUGCCCCCCCGGCCACCCCCCCGGCCCGGCAGCUCGCGGGGAGCCCCCGCCACCGCCACCCUCCAUGGAAGGGGGACGGGAGCCGGGGAGCAGCCGCUGGCCCUGGGGUGGGAGAUGCAGGACUGAAGCCCCCAGCUGAGCAUGGAGCUGAACAGACUGCUCCUCCUCACAGCCUUCCUCCUGCACCUGGAAGAGGGUCCCGCCAGCCCGGCCCGGCUGGUCUGCGACAGCAGGCUCAUCAACAAGUACAUCGAGGAAGCCAAGGAGAUGGAGAAGGGAGUGGAGGGUAACUCCCCCCUCCCCCCCCCCCCCAGGUGCCAGGCCCUGCCUGCCCUCGGCUGCCCCACGGUGCUGCCCUCGGUGGACUUCAACGCCCAGCAGUGGAGAUCCCAAUCGAACGAGAGCAAGCGGCGGGAGCUCCUCUGCGACCUGGCGCUGCUGGUGGGGGCGGCGGCGGGGGCCCGGGGCCAGCUCCGCCAGGACUGCGGGGCCACGCAGCUGGGACAGCUCUACCGACAGGCCAACGCCUUCCUCCUGCUGCUGCAGACCUUCCAGUGGGAGGCAGGACCCUGGGAGCCGGGCUGCCCCCCACGCUCCGUGGAGCAGACGGACAUCACCAGCAUCUUCCUCGUCUACCGGCGGCUGCUGCAGGGCAAGCUGCGCCUCUUCCUCCACAGCCUGACCAAGGACUCAUGCUAGCCGGGACAGAGGGGGGGCAGAGAGCCCCCCCGCUGAGGCUGCACAGGGGGCUCACCCCCGGCCCAGGUGGGAGCCAUCCCACGGGACACUGGGUGCCCGGGGAGGUGCCCGCAGGGACGGGGUUGGCUCCUGCUCCUCCUCAAGCCUUUGGUGACCACGAGGACCGUGGAGGCAGAGCGACACCCCUGCGCCGGCGGGCACAGCCCCUGCUGCCACCCGGGCACCUCUACUGUGAACGCUUUACAAUUAAAGAGCUAUUUUUCUAAAA